AUGGCGGUCGCCGCCACAGCCAUGGCGAUGGCCACCACCUCCACUGCCGCCCACGUUGUUCCCGCACUGUUCUCCUUCCUUCAACAGCGCCUCCGUCUCUGCCCCAAAGCCCGUAUCUCCACCUCCCGCCGCCUCCUGCUCCCUGUCUCCAUGUUCUCCACCCGGGACGGUUCGGCCUCCUACCAUGAAGAGGAUGAGGAAGGGGAGGCGGAGGAUUCUGCGGAAGCCGCCUUCGGGGACGAGGACGACGAGAAGCCGCAGCCGGAGGCGGUGUCCUCUACGGAGUUUCAGUUCGCGGCACCACCGGAGGGAUACAUUGAGCCGGCGCCAUUCGACGAGUUGCCGCCGGAAUCACCAGAGGACGUGGCAGCAGCCUACGAGUCGCUCUACGGGCCGGCCUUCAGCGGCGAGUCGUUGAUGGGGAACAACGUGUUCGAGGUGAAAGUGGUGGACCCCGUCGACAUGGACCGGGACCAGCGCCCCAACGACGAGUUCAGCGAGCGUGUCGUGCAGGUCAGCCGAGUCACCAAGGUCGUCAAGGGUGGGAGGCAACUCUCCUACCGCGCCCUAGUCGUGGUCGGCGACAUGAAGGGGCACGUUGGUGUUGGCGUCGGCAAGGCCAAAGAAGUCUCAGAGGCCAUCACCAAGGCUGGCAUGAACGGCCGCCGCAAUCUCGUUACAGUGCCACUAACCAAGUACUGCACCUUCCCGCACAGAGCUGAGGCGAACUAUGGAGCAGCAAAGGUCAUGCUGAGGCCUGCUUGCCCUGGAUCUGGUGUCACUGCAGGUGGAGCUGUGAGGGUUGUGCUGGAGAUGGCUGGAGUUGAAAAUGCUCUUGGGAAGCAGCUGCGAAGCAAGAAUCCCCUCAACAAUGCAAGGGCUACCGUCAAGGCGACACAGAUGAUGAGACAGUUCUCAGACGUUGCUGCAGAGCGUGGACUUCCAAUGGAGGAGUUAUGGAAAUGA